AUAAACUAGGGUAGCAAGUUCGAUAAAACAUGCAUUGAAUAUGUUGAUUUUUCUUCUCACAUUCUCACGACUGUGAUUAGACAAUUUUUUUUACGAUUUAACGUUUACUACAUUUAUUGCAACUUAUUGUAAACAGGACUCAGGAGCCUGAGGCCAUUUAAAUGGAAAGCAGACAAGCAAAAUGUGUAUCUGCAUUGUAUUUAUAGUGAAUUGAAAUAAUAACAAAAAAGAUGCAUGCCAUCAACGAGGAAGACGAGGAUGUUGUAAUACAAGGCAGUGCUCUUCACGAGCAUCUUUCAAAAUUAGGUUACACCGAUUUUGAAAGUAUAUCUGUGUCCAGAAAAACGUAUGACAAACCACAAAAGCAUUAUUUCAAUCUGGAUAUUAGAAACAUAAUAAAAAAUAUUUAUUCAAAAUUAUUUUCUCUUUAUUCUUGGAUAACGCAGGAGAAGAGCUUUUCUGAAAAGCAGUUGAGUGCUAUUUUAAAUGCGGAAACUUUGUUCAGCGACCAUUUUUCUAUGAUUAACAGCUUGAUAACCAAGUGCAAUUACAAUUCUAAAAAACUAACAUUGCAACAAUUAAUUAUGACUGGGACUAUAUUAAUUUCGUCAACAUACAUUUCAUUAUGUGAACACAAAAUAUUGCCAGCAUUAUUAACAUCGUCUGCAAUCUGUUGUAUCGGUUACAUAAAAUACUUGCGUUUUUAUGCAAAUAGAAAUUUAAAGAAUGUUAUAUUGUUGCAAAAUGAACUUUUUCUUGUGUGUAAAGACAGUUUUAAUAUUUUACGACGUGAUUAUACAAUGAAAUUGGGUUUUGAAAUGUGUCUCCAACAAUUUUCUCAUUUCUUAGGUGAUAAGUUGCAGUAUCUGGAAUCUUUGAAGACUAGUUUAAUACAAUUUAUGGAAAAUAUUUCUUGUAUAUACUAUAAAUGUUCAUUGUCAAUUGCAAAACUGCUGCCACCAGAUGCAUUUGACGAAGAGUUAUUCACAAAAUUCGAACGUAACUCGUUUGAACUGCCUGAUGAAAUCGACUAUCAAGCAUUAAAGAAGUUGUAUCUUACCUAUCUUCUGGUACAAUCAGAAAUGUUAUAUUUAUUAGCUAUUGCAUAUGAUAGCAAUACUUGGAUAUGUUCUUGCCAGAAGAUUCCUGAAACGAAAUUAGCUCAUAUAAUUAAAACCUUAGCUAAAGAAUUGACAAUAUACAAAAUUAAAUUAUCGGAAAAUAUUAAGGCGUAUCGUACUUGCAAAACAGAACCAGUUCGACAUAAGAUACAGGAUAGAGCUAAAUGGCAUGAUCCAAGUGUCCAAUUAGAUUUGGCAUCAUACAAACUACAAGUAGCAUACAAUCAAGUUUUUUCAAUAUUUAAAGACAUUGAUGACUGUAUUAACCAUGAUAUGGGUAUCAAUAAUGAAACAGCCGAUAUACUAAUGCAAAAGUUGAAUAGAGCAUUCAAGGAGAUCGACACGGCGAAAACUUUAGCAGAAUUUGUUGUUCUGUUAAUGGCAAAAUCGGGAUUCAGUGGCGUGAAGAAUAAUCAGUCUGCAGUCGAUACUACGAUAAAUCAGAAUCCCGAUUUGCCAGUAAUAAUCGAUUCAGAUCCACAGAUUCUUGAUGAAGUAUUUGAAGAGUAUAUUAAAGAAGAAUAUUUAAAAUCGUUCGAUGAAGAUAAGGAUGAAUACUUGUUAGAGCAACAAAAAUUGGAUAAAUUUUUAGCGAAAAGUUUCAUGAGCGAAUUGAAAGAAGCCUUAGUUGAUAAACAGAAAUCUAUGUCGGAACGAGAGUCAAGAGCACUACAACGUAUAUAUAAAAAUGCAUUAAGAGAUUCCAUAUCGAAUACCGAGGACGACAAUUGCCAGGUUAUACCUACACCACCGCCAAUGCCUUCUUACUGCAUAUGGUCAACACCAAACAGCAUUAAAUCAGAUUACAAGAAAGCAAUUUCUCCUAUUUAUAAAAUUAAAAAUGAUUUGUCUAUCCAGAGAAAAUCCGAUGAGUUGAAUAAAGAAGAUGAUCUUGUAAGAACGUUAAAACAAAAAAACAUUUUUGAUAUACCAUCCACUGAAAUUUGUAAGAAUAAAGAUGAAGAGUCGGUUACAUCUUUACCACAAAUUCUUCUCGAAACCCAAGUCACGAAGUUGCCAUUACCUUUUCUCUAUGAGGAAACAUUCAUAGGAAGUGGCGAAAAUUCUGAAGAUGAAAUCAUAGAUAGUGCAAGUGAUAAUAAAGAAGAUAAUGAAAAUUUUCAAUAAUAAAGGAUAUAGAUAUUCGAGACUGAUUAAUUUUCUUCAACUUCUUUUUUUCGAACUCGUUUUAAAAUUCAAAUAAAAUAUUGAAUAUUUUUUUAAUGAUUAUAAAA